GAUUGGACUGGAGUCAUGGCUUUGGGGGAGGAAGACCACAGAGGUGAUGUGCCCUACUCAUCAGAUGAUUUCAUCAUUUCAAGGGUGCAUCCUAUCAACCUGACCUAUCACUGUUCCUGUUGACCUUGGUCACUUGGCAGAGCCAAGUACCCGGCCCUCAAGGCCCUGAUGCGGCCGGACCCUCGGCUCAAGUGGACGGUGCUGGGGCUGGUGCUGGCGCAGCUGCUGGCCUGCCGGCUGGCGCGGGACCUGACCUGGCGCUGGCUGCUCUUCUGGGCCUACGCCUUCGGCGGCUGCGUGAACCACGCGCUGACACUGGCCAUCCACGACAUCUCGCACAAUACGGCCUUCGGCUCGGGCCACGCGGGGCGCAACCGCUGGCUCGCCGUGUUCGCCAACCUGCCCGUGGGCCUGCCCUACGCCGCCUCCUUCAAGAAGUACCACGUGGACCACCACCGCUACCUGGGCGGCCACGGGCUGGACGUGGACGUGCCCACGCGCCUGGAGGGCUGGCUCUUCUGCACGCCGGCGCGCAAGCUGCUCUGGCUGGCGCUGCAGCCCUUCUUCUACUCGCUGCGGCCGCUCUGCGUGCACCCCAAGGCCAUGACCCGCAUGGAGGUGCUCAACGCCCUGGUGCAGCUGGCCGCCGACGCCGCCCUCUUCGCCCUGUGGGGGCCCAAGCCCGUGGUCUACCUGCUGGCCAGCUCCCUGCUGGGCCUUGGCCUGCACCCCAUCUCGGGCCACUUUGUGGCCGAGCACUACUUGUUCGUCAAGGGCCACGAGACGUACUCCUACUACGGGCCCCUCAACUGGAUCACCUUCAACGUGGGCUACCACAUGGAGCACCACGACUUCCCCAGCAUCCCGGGCUGCAACCUGCCCCUGGUGCGGAAGAUUGCUCCCGAGUACUACGACCACCUGCCGCAGCACCACUCGUGGGUGAAGGUGCUCUGGGAUUUCGUGCUCAAGGACUCCCUGGGGCCCUACGCCAGGGUGAAGCGGGUGUGCAGGCUGGCCGAGGACCGUCUGUGAGCCCUGCUCGUGACGGGAGCCAGGGGGACCCCGCGGGCCCCCGGCUCCCCUGCUGCAGAGCUGGCUGUCACCCCCCCGCCCCACCCCCCAGCCUGUGUCCAGAACUGGUUUGGCUGCAUUUGGUUCCCACGCCCUGGCUGCACUCUGUGUCCCAGAGCCCAGGACCACGUCUGGCCACGCUGGGCACAGGCUGCAGCCUGGAGAGGCUUGGUCUGCACCUGCACUGUCGCCCGCCAGCCGGGCCCUCCUCUUCUGUCCCCUUCUCAGGGACAGAGGCCCGGCCCUGCCCUGGGUGCUCCGUGCGCAGUCUCCGCGGAGCUGAUUUCUCUGCUGGUCCCACGCCCUGCAUUCUGUUUGCACAGCCUCACAUCGCGCUUCCCAGUGGCGGUCAAGGCCCCAGCCUGGCCCCAGAAGGGGGCCCUGGCCCACCCCAGCGGGCCUCAGGUCUGCGUGCCUCCUUCCCGGCCAGCCCAGGCCACGGCCCCUCUGCUCCCCACCCUCAGGGACUGUGGCUCUCCACGCUUUGUGCUUAGGCAGCAUCCCCGGGGGCCGGCGGGGGGGUUUGUGCCUUUGUGGGUGUCCCCUGUGUGCCCUGGGGCCCGGAAGCCCCUCAUUAGCAGCCUUCCCGCCUCUCUAGCCCGGCUGAGCGCUGCAGACACUGCCUGUCCUCAGUCGCACGCCUGCCCCCGCUCCACCCCGAGGCCUUGGCCCCAGAGGGUCGAGGUUGGACAGGGUGGGGUCUGGCUCCCUGACCAGCUCCUUCAGGACUUGAGAGAAUUUCAGGAAGGGUGCCGCAGGCCAGACGGAGGGUAGACGGGGGCCGGACAGGUGGGGGACUGGCUGCAGCAGGCCGGUGUCCUUGGUGAUGACCCUGUCCUGAUGGGGGCACGGUUGAAACCUAGGGGGCUGCAGGGGGUGGGGUGGGGUAGGGCGGGGGCCGGGUCUCCCAGGGGCCGGCCAGCAGGAGCAAGAGGGGUGCCUGGGCCCCGGGGGAGGCUGAGGACCGCCCCUGGAUGGGUGCCGCGGGGCUGUGCUAGCUGACCCGGGAGGGAGGCGUGUCGCCGCGCCCUGUGCCUAGACCCAGCAGGUGCUGAGCGUGGAC